AGGUCGCUCACUAGAUGGUGGGAAAGUCCACUAAAAGCUUGCGGGUCCGUUUUCUGUUCAACGGCAACUUUCGCUCUCUGGACAGGCGUGUAAGACGCGCGUUUAGGACCCUGAGGCGUGUUAUUUCAACGCUCGGUGUGCACAUCAUCACGCAUUAUUACAGCCUGAUACGGAACCUCACAGUCACUUUCUGAGUGAGCAAACAGCAGCUGACACAAUGAGAGAACUGCAUUUCAAGGAUAAUUUUUGGAACACGGAUGUCACCAGCACAGCUGGAUAUGACAGCAUCAUCCAGCACUUGAAUGACGGCAAGAGGACGUGCAAAGAAAUCGAGGACUUCAUGAAGGCCAGAGCUGUGAUAGAAGAAAAGUAUGGCAAGGAGCUUCUGGCUUUGUCCAAAAAAGUGUGUGGAAGCAGUGAAAUGAACACCCUGAAACGAUCGCUUGACGUUUUCAAAUUACAAACAGAAAAUGUGAGUUUGUCCCAUCUGCAUUUGGCCCAAACCAUGAGGGAGGAAGCAAAAAAAUUAGAAGACUUCAGAGAGAAACAGAAAGAGACCCGAAAGAAGGUAGAACAGCAAAUGGAUGUUCUUCAUAAGCAGAAGGCCGCUCAAUAUAAGAAAACGACUGAGGCGAAGAAGACUUAUGAGCAAAAGUGUCGAGAUAAAGAGGAAGCAGAACAGAAUAUGAACAGAAACGCUACCACUAGCAGUUCCAAGCAGCAAGAAAAGCUGUAUGCCAAAACACAGCAAGCCAAGCAGACGGCAGAAGAAGCUGACAGGGUGUAUAGUCAGAAUGUGUCCUUGUUGGGCAAGAUGAGAGAGGAGUGGCUGAACGAGCAUGUCAAAGCCUGUGAGUUUUUUGAGAAACAGGAAAUGGAGAGGAUCAACACCCUGAGAAACGGCGUGUGGACCCAUCUCAACCAUCUCUCCCAGCAGUGUGUCACCAGUGAUGAGCUCUAUGAGGACGUGAGGAAGUCACUGGAGCAAUGUAACAUUCAAGAAGACAUUGAGCAUUUCAUCAACCUCAGAAGAACCGGAGACAAACCACCAGCACCUGUUCCAUAUGAAAACUUCUACAACAAUCAUAGAUCGGCUCCCACUCGUUCACUUCCCACAGUUGGCAGGAGAGCAGCAGCACCUCCACCACCAACUGCAGGAAAUGAUCCUUUAUACUCAACCGCAGCAGAGCCUGGUUACAGCCUAAUACGAUACUAAUAAGAUCGUGACUCGUCUUUGCAAGCCCUUCUGCUGCUCAAUAGGAAUAUAGUGAAGGCAUUAGUGACCUUUUUUUGCCAGCUUCCUCAUACCAUGUGGUGAGAACAUAUUGUUGCCUGACAUGAAGAGUGUCCUUGUCUUUUAAUAAAAAAACAUUGUUGUGAUGAGCUUGGCGGGGCCGAGAGCUGUGGGAACGGAGCAAGGCUGGUGAUGCUCAUUAUCGCUCCGUUUCCACGGCUCUCGGCCCCGCGCCACUCGUCACAAUCAUUAACUUGCAAACCUAAAAACCACCCUUGCAAACACAGUGAGCUUUGACACUGUUGCAUAGUCAUAAAAGUCAAAUCCUGAAGUUCUCACUACACUGAUGACAUCAACAGAAAAACGUUGUAUAAAUAUUUGUAUUUUAUUUACUGUAAAAAAAAGUUUGACUUAUAUAGAUUAAGAAAUUUAAAGGUGAAAUGUACAAUUUUGCACCACUAGUGGCACCAAAGGAAUGUGUUAGAGCAGCUUGAUUGGGCACAACCAAUGAGUAGAGUUUGGGGGCGGGGCUACCCAUUUGGCCAACCAAUGUAAAAUAGAAGAGGAAUAUAAAUAUAAAAUUUUUUUUGUCAUAAUAUUUUAAAUUCUGUUUGGUGCAGCUAGUUGUGUAGAAAUGACACGUUUCACUUUAUAAAGGCCACAAAAAUCUAAUUUAUUUCUGUUGUAAAAUUCUGCACACUGUCAAUAUACAGUCCUGCAUCACUGGAUAUAUUGCUUCAAUAAAUGUAUAUACGAUUUGA